CCUAGGCCUGCCUCCACAGCUCUUCCCAAAACUCCUGCCUGAUGCCUAAGCUCCUUGAAUCAGGGGAGGGAAAGUUUUGGGCUUGGAGACUCCAGCUGAGGUGGUGAGGGACAAAGGGCUUCUGACUCCAAAGUUGGCUUAAUCAUGAUGCCAACUUCCACAAUAGACACUUGCCUCCAUCACUUCUCACAAUAAUCUUACAAGAGGACACAAUUUUUAUACCAAUUAAAAGAAAAUGAAGAAACAGAAUCUCCGAAAAUCUGUCACAAUGUUACCUAGAGUUUGGAUGGAGAUGGCAAGUUCCUGGCUCCUUAGUUGCCUCAUCAUGUUGGUCUUUCUCCAACUAAUGGUCCCCAUGUCAGGGGACAGCAAGUCCCACAUGGCCCCACUAGGGGGCACAGCCGAGCUGCUCUGCCCUCUCUCCCUCUGGCCGGUCACUGUGCCCAACCAGGUGAGGUGGCUGCGGUCCCCACAUUUGGGGCACUCUCAGGCUGUUCACGUGUUCCUGAAUGGACAAGACCAGGAUGACGAACAAAUGCCUGAGUAUAAGGGGAGGACUGCACUGGUGAGAGACUCCCAAGAGGGAAGUGUCACUCUGAAUAUCCAUGAUGUUAGACUGGAGGACCGAGGGUUGUACCUGUGUCAGGUUCACAUUGGAAACCUGAGUCGAGAAGGCUCCGUUACUUUGCAGGUUGCAGUUCUAGGCUCUGACCCUUACAUACAGGUGAGGGGCUUCGAUGCAGGGUGGAUCCAGCUAGUGUGCAGGUCUGUGGGAUGGUUCCCAAAGCCUUGGGCAGAAUGGAGAGACCCUCAAGGCAGGGUACUUCCAUCCUUGUCGGAAGACCAUUCCCUGAAUGAAGCUGGACUCUUCGAAACAACAGUCUCCAACGAAGUCAGGGAUAGCACCCUGGGGAAUGUGACCUGCAUCCUCCGCAACAGGGAGCUUGGCCAAGAGAAGACCACAGCCAUGCUCAUAGCAGCCCCGUCUCCUGGGAGAAUUUCCUCCUCAGAAGUGGUUCUUGCUGUGACUCUGCCUGUUUUGGGACUCCUGAUUUUGGCUGGCAUUGGCCUUAUCUGGAAGCAAAGAAGAUCAAAAGAGAAACUUCUCUAUGAACAGGUGAUGGAGGUAGAAAAUCUUCUCUCAGACCACGCAAAAGAAAAAGGGAGACUCCACAAAGCCCUGAAGAAACUCCGGAGUGAACUGAAGUUAAAAAGAGCGGCAGCAAAUUCUGGCUGGAGGAGGGCCCGGCUACAUUUUGUGGCGGUGACCUUGGACCCAGAUACAGCACAUCCCAAACUCAUCCUGUCUGAAGACCGGAGAUGCGUGAAGCUUGGAGACAGGAGGCAGCCUGUGCUUGACAACCCCCAGAGAUUUGACUUUGUCGUUAGCGUGCUGGGCUCUGAAUACUUCACAGGAGGCUGCCACUACUGGGAGGUGUACGUGGGGGACAAGACCAAAUGGAUCCUGGGGGUGUGCAGUGAGUCAGUGAGCCGGAAGGGGAAGGUCACCGCCUCACCUGCCAAUGGGCAUUGGCUUCUGCGACAAAAUCGUGGGAUGGAGUAUGAAGCACUCACCUCCCCACAGACCAUCUUCCGAUUGAAGGAGGCCCCGCAGUGUGUGGGCAUUUUCCUGGACUAUGAAGCAGGAGUGAUUUCCUUCUACAACGUGACUGACAAAUCCCACAUCUUUACUUUCAUCCACAGUUUCUCUGGCCCUCUUCGCCCUUUCUUUGAACCUUGCCUUCACGAUGGAGGGAAAAACACGGCUCCCCUAAUCAUUUGUUCAGAACUCCAGAAAUUAGAGUCAUCAGUAGUCUCCAAGCCAGAAAAAAAAAGCUGUGCGAAUGGAGACGUGGCCCUGAAGGCAGACCCUUCCUUACAUCCCAUUCCCGGUGAACUCUUCCCACAUACAGAUAGCAUCCUGCCCUGGUCCUCUGACCUUGGCCCUGCCCUGCAAGGACUCAAAGCUCCCUCUUUCUAGACAGCCUCAUUUCUUGCUCUCCCACUAUCCCACCCAGUGCCUGAUUCUGGAACAUCCUCUUUCCUCUUUAGAUUUAAGUUUUCCUUUACCCUGGAAGGGAAUUUUGAAAACACAAAUAGACAAUCAGACUAAGUCUAGGUGAUGAUGUUGAGUGUGUCACUGAGCUAUGAGGGUUCUCUAAUCUAUGGAGUAUUUAGAAGAAAGUCAUUCUGUUUCAUCCUGCAAAUGGAUGUUAGUCAGGCCUACUUACUUAACCCUGCCAAAAAUUGCUUUUCUCCUUUUUUUCUCUUUGAAACCAAAACUUCUAAGCCCCAAAGCCAGUUUUUGAAAAUUAGACAGUUUUGUACCAUAUUAACUUUUUUUUUCCAGGAAUAUGGAGUGGGGACAAAGGCAGAGGGGCAAAACCUGUCAUCUUUAUUUCCUAAUGUCUAGUACAGCAAAGUUUGGUGACAUUUAGAGUUGAAAUACAUAUUUUGAAACCAAUUUAUCUAUCGAUGACAGUCAGGUGCAAAAAUUUUUAAACAUGGCAGUCAUAAUCCUUAGAAGACUCAGGAGUACCAUCAGUUGGGAGCAAGGAAUAGUUUGACUUUAAAUCUGGCUUUCAAAAGACAGAUGGAACUAGCCUGUUAUGCUGACCAUUUUGAGCUCUCUCCUGGGAUUCAGAGAAGCCCAGCUUGAAGAAAUAGCAGUUAAUAUUUAAUAAACCAUUUAGGGGUUCCUUUCACCAAAUACAUUAUACUGGAAAACUUGACUGUGUAACAAACAGCCUGCAGAGAAUCGACAGAAUCAUGAGAUCGAGUAUGAAACACUCACUUCCUCACAGACCACCUUCUGAUUGAAGGAGCCCCCAUAGCAUGUGAGGCUAUUUAGAAUGUUGAUUUCAUAUAGGAAGUUGGUAGACCAGAUAGAUAUAAGGAUAAAAUAACAUUGGGAGAGGGUACAGAAAGAUCUCUUGCCCCAUUAAGUCAUACCACAAAUGUGAUCUGGUCUCUUUGUGGAGAUACUGGAUAUUAGCUCACAGAGGGGUAGACAGUUUUACUUAGCAGAAACUAGAACUGUAUAUUUUUCAGAGACAAUUCUACUAGUUUCUACAUUAGUCAAGACUUACCAGAUUGAAGGCUAACAGGCUUGAAACUCAGGAAAAACUGUUUCAUCUUGAGUUAAGUAGAAAAAUAGAAAGUCAGGUAAGAAGACCUCUCUCUUACUUGGGAUUACUUUUUUUUUCCUAUUCAACUGAUUAGUGGGACCCACCCACACUAGGAAGGCAAACACUCAGUCUACCAAUUUGAAUGUGAAUUUCAUCCAAAAACGUUCCAAUGAAAACACUUAGAACAAUAUUUCACCAAAUAUCUGGGCAUCCUUUGGCCUGUCAGUUUUUGACACAUUAGCUCAAUUAUCACAGUGGCUAAGGGGUAUUUUUGUUUUCUUUUGUAUAGUUGUUAAAUAAAAGUUUGGUGACUGU